AUUUUCAUUUUUCUCAUAAUUUUUUUAAUUUUUUUAUUUCUGCCAAUAAAAGGAAUACAGACUACAGAGGACUGCAUCGGUGAUCAGAUCAUCUUUCUACUCCGGUGCUGCCAUUCCACCGAAAUCAGGAAUGGAAGCCGAAGAUACGCCAACUAGUGCCGGACCGCCUCCCAAAACGUCACAAGAGCUAGCACUGGAGGGCCAAAAGCACCUAGAAGACACUAUAGAGGCGGCCUACCAGAUACUCUCUUCCAUGAACGACGAGCUCUGCAACCCCGCCUUAUGGUCCACGACUUCUUCUUCUACUACUUCUGCUCCCACUACAGUCACUACCAACGGCCCCUCCCCACUCACGUCCAACGGCGUGCUUAAUAACGGAGAUGCUGCCUCUGAUUCUACACAUCACAUGGAAACGGGUGGCACCGCUGGCGGAAGUGGCAAUGGAACUCUCGAUGAGGCUCGCCUUCGGUAUAAAACCUCUGUCGCAGCCCUUCGAGCUGUUCUCAUUGCAAUUCCCGAUUCUCGAAAGGCGAAAUCUUUUGAAACGGGUUCAACUGCCAGUGAUUCAGCAUCCCCAGAAGAUCAAUCUGAACUUGAGAUGUUAGAAGAGCAAGCCUCUAAAUUAUGGAAGGAACUUGCGAACAAGAACAAGCAUGUUAAGCUUCUCAUAGAUCAACUACGAGAUCUCAUUACUGACAUAUCCACAUGGCAAAGCCCUUGCUCCGUCUGAAGUUCAGAUAGAUAUUGUUGCCUUGGAAAAGUGGAGCCCAAGAACAGAGGAGGCUUUUAGACCCGACAUAGGCUCGGUAAAUAAGCUUUUCUUGACAUUAAUUUCUUUGUGAAGCUUCAAUAAUUGUUUGUUGUAGAUUUGCAGCCAAAUAUUGGGAGAUAUCUAGUCUAAUUUGAGAAAUCUAGUUGUUAGAACACUUGAGUUCUGUGUUCUGAUAUGUUUCCACAUUAUGGGCAAGUAACUCGGCAAACGAUGCUCCAGAGAGAACCUUGAUUUAUAUUGACUUUAUAUCAAAGAUGUGAUCGUACAAGUCUGUGUUUGGAUGAGAAGACAGCUUUGACUUUGAGUCACCCCCCCCCCCCCCCCCCCCAAAGCCCUCUUCUUUUGGUGCUUUCACUCCCAUUAUGCUUUAGUGUUUCUCAGGAGUGUUUUCUAUCUCCCCUUCCUCCCACCCCGCCUGACAACCAUGUUGGUGUGGCUGAAUUUCUAUCUUCAAAUGCUUUUUUGGGAUAUUUUACACAAUUCUUCUACGUUCAAAUGAUUUGUUGCAUUA